UGAGUACGUAACCUUGCACAUUUUCCUCAUCGAUCACUUUCCCACAGCUCUGAUCUGUUCUUGAAGCAAGCAUGUCGGUGAAGGAGUGCGGGCACCACAAGAGCAAGAAGAAGAAGAUCUUCAAGAGAAUAUUCUGGUGGACAGUCAUCAUCUGCUUCAUCAUCCUCGUAACAAUCCUCAUCAUUUGGGCCAUCCUCCAACCAUCAAAACCCACCUUCAUCCUCCAAGACGUAACCGUCUACGCCUUCAACGCCUCCGUCGCCAACUUCCUCACCUCCAACUUCCAGGUCACCCUCUCCUCCCGCAACCCCAACGACAAGAUCGGAAUCUACUACGACCGCCUCGACGCCUACAUCUCCUACCGCAGCCAGCAGAUCACCCUCCGGACUUCCAUUCCUCCGUCGUACCAAGGCCACAAGGAGGUUGACAUCUGGUCCCCAUUUGUCUCCGGCAACAAUGUUCCGGUGGCUCCGUUUAACUUCCAAGGACUAAGCCAGGAUCAGAACAACGGCAACGUUCUCGUCGUCGUUAAACUUGACGGCAAGGUCCGUUGGAAGGUCGGUGCCUUUGUCUCCGGCCAUUACCACAUCUAUGUCCGUUGCCCUGCCUUCAUCACUUUCGGACCCCGCAGUAACGGCAUCGCCCUCGGAGAUAGCGGCGCCGUUAAGUUUCAGCUUGUUCAGCGCUGCACAGUCGGUGUUUGACUCAACUCAACGCCGUUAGAAGAAUGAUCGUUGCUUGGUAUAUUACUAUAUUUAAUGCUUUAUAAAUAUAAUUUUUUUUCUUUUUAUACGUAUUCUUGUACGUAGUUUUCCAAAUAUAUCUUCCGUAUUGGUACGGUGGAUAUACCUUUGCUAUUGCGGUAUUUGGAAUUGUACAUUUUGCUAUAGAAUAAUAUAUUUGCACUUAUUGGGACGAGAUAGCAAAAUUACAAUUUGUAACAAAGGUAAUUGAGCUAAACCAUAUAAAAACAGUAAUAAAUUUAUUUUCA